CCGCGCGCAGCCGACCGUCCCGGACGCCAUGCGCGCGCUGCUGCCGCUGCUGCGCUCCGGCCGGGGGUGGCGCGCGGACGCCCCCUCUGCGGCCUGCCUGUGGCGGGGCGCGAAUGCGGUGACCGGGCCGCGCCGCGCCAUGGCCCUGUACCGCACGGAGGAACGCGGCCAGCCCUGCUCGCAGGAUUACCGCCUAUUCUUCAAGAAUGUAGCUGGUCACUACAUUUCCCCCUUUCAUGAUAUUCCUCUGAAGGUGGACUCUAAAGAGGAAAAUGGCAUUCCUACAAAGAAAGCGCGGAAUGAUGACUGUGAGAAUUUGUUUAAUAUGGUUGUAGAAGUGCCUCGGUGGACAAAUGCUAAAAUGGAGACUUGGGAAGAUCCCCAUCGAAAAGACAAGAGCACAAACUGCUGUGGAGAUAAUGAUCCUAUUGAUGUUUGCGAAAUAGGCUCAAAGGUUCUUUCUCGUGGAGAGGUUAUUCAUGUGAAGAUUCUUGGAAUUUUGGCUCUGAUUGAUGAAGGUGAAACAGAUUGGAAAUUAAUUGCUAUCAAUGCAAAUGAUCCUGAAGCUUCAAAAUUUAAUGAUAUUGAUGAUGUUAAGAAGUUCAAACCAGGUUACCUGGAAGCUACUCUGAACUGGUUUAGAUUUUAUAAGGUGCCAGAAGGAAAACCAGAAAACCAGUUUGCAUUUAAUGGAGAAUUCAAAACCAAGGCUUUUGCUCUUGAAGUUAUUGAAUCCGCUCAUGAAUGUUGGAAAGCUUUGCUUAUGAAGAAGUGUAAUGGAGGGUCUAUAAAUUGCACAAAUGUUCAGGUAUGCGAUAGUCCUUUCCAUUGCACUCAAGAAGAAGCAAGAUCAUUAGUUGAAUCGGUAUCAUUUUCACUGAAUCAAGAAAGUAAUAAAGAAGAGCAAGUGUGGCACUUCCUUGGCAAGUGAUGGGAGCAUUUGAAAUUCUGCCAUCAAGAUUUUAAACUCCAAGGACUCCAAGUCUUCCUUUUCCCCUAGUGCAGAGAUAGUGAGGUCUAUGAGCAUUUGCUGACUUCCUGUGAAAACUUCCUUUUUUCAAACUUUUUGAGAAAUGAAAUAUAUAAAUAAAUACUAAAAUUUUUGAAUUAGUCUUCUUUGGAUAUUUACUGAUAUAAAAGGAAAGGAUUUGGUUUCGUUUCGUAGCAGAAAUUUAGAAGCAUUGAGUUUUAAAUAAGUUCUAAUUUCUAUGUCUGAGGGACCCCAAUGAUUUUAUUAGCUUUUAUGUCUAUAGUUUAAAUGUAAAAAUUAUAAAUUUAUUAAGUUAAUAAAAUUUAGACUGUUCUCAGUAUUA